AUGACAGCAGAGAAGGCGGAGGUGGGUGACAACUGUGUCAUUGUCCUGAACAUAUGUCAACGAAGAGCCGCCCUUCCUCCAGGGGGCAGUACCUUUCAGAGUCACGAGCCCAAGUUUGACUACCUGAAAAGUCUAAAAAUCGAGGAAAAAAUUAACGCAAUUUGGUGGUUGCCACAACAGAAUGCUGCUCCUUUUCUACUCUCUACAAAUGAUAAAACUAUUAAAUUAUGGAAAACAAGUGAACGGGAUAAAAGAGCCGAAGGCUAUAACUUGAAAGAUGAAGACGGACGAUGUCGAGAUCCAUUUAGAAUUACAGCGCUGCGGGUCCCCAUGUUGAAGCCCAUGGACCUUAUGGUAGAAGCCAGCCCUCCAUGAGUGUUUGCAAAUGCUCACACGUAUCAUGUAAAUUCCAUCUCCGUAAACAGUGAUCAUGAAAUGAGAAUUAACCUAUGGCCUUUAGAAAUCACAGAUAGAAGUUUUAACAUCGUGGACAUCAAGCCGGCCAACAUGGAGGAGCUGUCCGAGGUGAUCACAGCAGCUCAGUUCCACCCGCACCAGUGCCACGGUUUUGUCUACAGCAGCAGGAAGAGUACCGUCUGCCUUUGCCACAUGCAGGCCUCCGUCCUGUGCGACCAGCACGUCAAGUUGUUUGAAGAGCCUGAAGAUCCCAGCAGUCGCUCCUUCUGCUCAGAAAUCGGCUCUUCCGUCUCGGACGAUUUCAGUCACAGCGGCUGGUACAUGAUGACCCGAGCCUACAUGUCUGUGAAGGUGUGGGACCUCAACAUGGAGAAGAGGCCUGUGGAGACCUAGCAGAUUCAUGAGUAUCUCCACAAUCCGCUGUGUUCUCUCUAUGAAAACGACAAGUUUGAGUGCUGCUGGAGCGUUUGUGACAGUCAGGGUGUCCGCGAUGACCAGAGGUGUGGGGGCACCCUGAGCCUGCAGCAGGAACCUCCCCUCCCUGCCCCUGAAUUAGUGCAACUGGUGCACUUCCAGAUCCAGCCUGGACUGAGGGCCCCCUGCUUCGUGGCUGUCCCAAGUGCCGAAAGUGUUGGCAAUGGGGGGAGUGAGGAGGAGGGGGGACAGAACAGCCCCCGCACACUGUGGACGGAGCCCAGCUAA